CAGGCGGACGGCGAACACCUCGGGGGACACCGUGCAAACGGGAGGGAGGGGGGCUCUGACUCCGACUGAUGGGCUGUGUUUCAAAGAGGGAUUGGCUAAUGCAAAUUACAGCAAUCGCUAGACGGACGGAUGAAAGCAGCCGCACUCCAGCUUCCUUCGGAGAUCCGCGGGACGACAGAGACGUGCCGGUCGGGGCUGAUAAACUGCGAGACCGUUUUAAGUUAUUUGUCCUGAAUUGGGAAGUCCCCCCUUAAAACGUGCUGGUUGGAUCAAGAAUCAACCAAACGGUGUCAUUCCUUGGGUGAUCUUCGCUUCGCUGCCAUAUGAGUUCGACCCGGGCCGGAGGCAUGGAGCUGGAGCAUUUCGAUGAGCGGGACAAGGCGCAGCGGCACGGGCGCGGGGAAGCGCGAGCUAACGGGCUGCCGAGCCCCUCCCACAGCGCGCACUGCAGCCUGUACCGCGCGCGCACGCUGCGGGCGCUCAGCUCCGAGAAGCGCGCCAAGAAGGUGCGCUUCUACCGCAACGGCGACCGCCACUUCAACGGCGCCGUGUACGCCGUCUCCCGGGACCGCUUCCGCGCCUUCGACACCCUGCUGGAGAACCUCACCCGCUCCCUGUGCGACAAUGUUCACCUGCCGCAGGGAGUACGGACCAUUUACACAAUCGACGGCAGUAAAAAGAUAACGGACGUUGACCAGAUGGUGGAAGGUGAGAGCUAUGUGUGUGGCUCCGUAGAGCCGUUCAAGAAGCUGGACUACACCAAGAAUGUCAACCCAAACUGGUCAGUGAAUGUGAAGACUGCCGUAUCCACCCGAGCUCCACCUUCCUUGGCCUGCUCCAAGCCCAACUCCCAGGAGGCCCGGGAAAGCAAGGACUUCAUCAGGCCCAAGCUGGUGACCGUCGUCCGCAGUGGGGUCAAGCCACGCAAGGCUGUGCGCAUCCUGCUCAAUAAGAAGACGGCACAUUCUUUCGAGCAGGUGCUGAGUGACAUCACCGAUGCCAUCAAGCUCGACUCUGGGGUCGUUAAGAAGCUCUACACUGUUGAUGGGAAGCAGGUCACAAGUCUGCAGGACUUCUUCAGCGAUGACGACAUCUUCAUCGCCUGCGGUGCAGAGAAGUACCGGUACCAGGAUGACCUGAUGCUGGAUGACAGCGAGUGCCGGAUAGUGAAGUCCACGUCUUAUGGCAAGAUCUCCUCUACACGUGCCAAGAGCGGCCCCAGGGGCACCACCCAGGCCAGAGGUGGCAAGUCGCCCGCUUCCACUGGCUCAGUUAACGGGACCCCCGGCAGCCAGCUGUCCACCCCCCAGUCCGCCAAGUCCCCCAGCCCCUCCCCGGCCAGUCCAGGAAGCCUCCGGAAACGCAGAGGAUCCCAGCACAGCGACUCAUCCCUGUCUCUUACCUCUACCAAGGUGUCCAACUCCAUAGAAGAAGGUGAUGGUGCAGGGAGUGAAGCCGAGGCAAUGAAUGACUGCCCCCCAGUGCCCGCCUCCAUAGCCGAGAGAUACAAGGUGGGCAGGACGAUCGGAGAUGGCAACUUCGCCGUGGUGCGGGAGUGCGUGGAGCACUCGACGGGCAGGGAGUACGCUCUGAAGAUUAUCAACAAGGGCAAGUGUAGAGGAAAGGAGCACAUGAUACAGAACGAGGUGUCGAUCCUCCGACGAGUCAAACACCCCAACAUCGUCCUGCUGAUUGAGGAGAUGGACACUUACAGUGAGCUCUACCUCGUUAUGGAGCUGGUCAAGGGCGGUGACCUUUUUGAUGCUAUUACCUCCACCAACAAAUACACUGAGAGAGAUGCCAGUGGUAUGCUACACAACCUAGCAAGUGCCAUCAAGUAUCUACACAGCCUCAACAUCGUCCACCGUGACAUAAAGCCAGAGAACCUGCUGGUGUACGAACACCAAGAUGGUAGCAAAUCCCUCAAGCUUGGUGAUUUCGGCUUGGCCACAGUGGUGGACGGACCCCUCUACACCGUCUGUGGGACCCCCACAUAUGUAGCACCAGAGAUCAUUGCAGAGAGCGGGUACGGCCUCAAGGUGGACAUCUGGGCAGCCGGCGUCAUCACCUACAUCCUGCUCUGCGGCUUCCCUCCGUUCCGUGGAAGCAGUGAAGAUCAGGAAGUUCUCUUUGACCAGAUUCUUAUGGGGCAGUUAGAUUUUCCAUCACCCUACUGGGAUAAUGUGUCCGACUCUGCAAAGGAGCUGAUCACCUGCAUGCUCCAGGUGGAAGUGGACCAGCGCUACACAGCCCUGCAGGUUCUAGAGCAUCCUUGGGUCAACGAAGACGGCCUGUCAGAGAAUGAGCACCAGUUGUCUGUUGCUGGGAAGAUCAAGAAGCAUUUCAACACUGGGCCCCGAGCUGACAGCACCACGGCUGAAGUGUCUGUCAUCACGAUGGACCCCAGCUUAACCAUGCAGAGAUCAGGCUCCUUGGACUUCUACCAACACCCAGGAAUGUUCUGGAUAAGACCACCACUCUUGAUAAGAAGGGGUAGAUUUUCAGAUGAGGAUGCCACCAGGAUGUGAGGUCCGGGCCCCACCCAGCAGUUCUGCCUCCCUCCCUGCCACCGCCAACUGGAACCUGAGCCCCGCCACUGGGACAGGGUCCGUCCGCCCGCCCAAUUCGCCCAUCUGGAGUGCUCCCCGACACCUCCCCCUCCCCCCCAGUGGGGGACAGAAGAGGAGAGAAGGCGGGGAGUCCAUGGUGGAUGGGCAGGGGGUGGGGGGGACAUAUAGAGAGACAGAGGGGUUUGAAGGAGCAGGAAAAGGAAUGUGGAUGAAAGCGGUGGCAUCGCCGAAGCGUGACGGCGGUGUGAUCCGCCGAGAUGUGACAGUACGCGAGCUUUGUAUCCGAGUGCCACUUUCUAUAUUUGCCUCAUUUGUACAUUUAUCUUUUUUUUUUUUUUUUUUAUUUAAGCAUAUAUAGUUUUUUCACUUUUUUUUAUUUUGAUUAACACAAGGGAAAUGUAUCAUUUCAAUUAAAUUUUAAUGCUUUAUUUUAAUUCAGUAUCUUUAAGUCAAAUCUCACUGAGAUUGACACUUGGGAGGUGCUCAAGUGACUGUGAUCUUUUAGAAUUAUGCCUUUACUCUUGACCUGUCUGUAACCUCCUCGGAAACAGAGCUGUACCAAUACACAAAGGCAGAUUUAUAUAUUUUUAUGUUAGUGGAUCAUAUAUUAUAAAUCUAUCAUUGUUGCUUUUAACAAUGUAUUAGCAUGCCUAAUCGAUCUGAAUUGAUCUGACAAUAUAUGUCAUUUUUCAGUGUGCUACAAACCAUACAGAACAUCACAUGGAGUGGCAAUAAGUGAUAUGGUUUGCAAUAUAUGGAACAUUUGUCAAUGUUUUUGUGAAGGGAUACCAUUUAUGGAUUUAAUGGCAUUUUGUCUGCAGCUGAUGUUUAAAGCACUUAGCUGUGACAAGAACAUUUCUUUCAUGACAGCUGAGACUUCUGUCCAGUUUGGCAGAAAUCACUCAGACUAACCAGGGCCUUUCGUUAAUAUGUUGGAAGAAAAUCAUUUCCCACGAACUGGUCCACCCCCUUGUAGCAGACACCUCGCAGGUUUUUGCAGAAACAGAACUCAGUGCCUGGCCAACAGUAUGCUGAAACCAGACAGCUUUCACAUCUGUGGCAUAUUGGUUUAUAAAACAAUGGGAAUUGUUUAAAAAAAAAAAAGCUUUAGAAAAGAAUAAGAUUUGUGAUAAUACAUGUCUUUAUCUCAUGUACAUAAUAUAAUUUUAUUCAUUUUAUAUAUUUAUGUUGGAGAAAAAUGAAAAAAAAAUGUUGCAUACAAAGCAAAAACGCUCCAGUUGCCAUUCACACACGGUCAUUGUCUUUUGACCAAUUUAUAUUUAAAGCAUGUGGCGGACAGGCCACAAUCAAGGGUUUGUCGCUAGAUUAUGACGUCAUUUGCCCGUGACAGAGUCGUCAACAACAUGCUUGAUCUACAUUCGAACGUCUCAUGCCUACUGGCACGCGAAGGAGUUGGACCUGCGCUCGCGCACCUGAAGACAUUAAGUGCUGCUGCGGCGUUUCAAGCGGAAAACGUCAAAUUGUGUCGUAUAAUUGUUUGUCUUCAUUUUCAGUGCUUAUCGUUUUCUCUGAGCACUCAGUUUAAAAGCGGAACACAUUGCUACAUUUGUGUCAGGCUAUUUUUCAGUGAACUGUAUCCCGAGCGGCAGCUGUCCAUCUGGCGUCCUUAAUCCCGAUAGCUACGGCAGUUCGGUUGUGGCUGGAGCAGGGAUCUUAAAUGAAUUUAGCGAUCGGUCAAGCACAGGCGCUCUCAAAGUAGCCAGUUGAGUUGUGUUUACAUGGAGAAUUUGUUUUUACAAUGUGGGGAUACUGAACCGUUACUGUUCAUUGCGGGAGUGGAAGAAUUUGCAACGCUAAAUAAGCGAAUGAACGGUCAGAACAGGAAGAAAUGUUAUGCAAAGUUCUGUGAACAUGUAGCAUUUUAUAAUUGCCAGCUGAUGUUUUUUGUUUCAUACUUUUAUUAAACGUGAUUGGGAAUUUUGUGAA